AAUUCACCUACAAACUUCUAUAUAUACAAGCAGCCAUAAUUGGAACGAAUGGAAUGGUUUAUAUCCGUUGAACUUUCUUUACUGGGUUUUGCUGAUAUUUAAUUUUUUACCAGAAAAGCUGGGAUUAAUUUCUGGAUUGUAUUAAAGCUUUUCGUGUGAAGGAUACUUUCUGUUUGAGGAUUGGAGCAUUUUCAUAUCAGAAUUUUCAAAGAUUAUUGGUCAUAAGAUCAAAGCACAGGUUGAAAAUAUUCAAGUUGCAGAAAGUUGAGAGCCAUUGAAGCUGCUGCAGUUCUCAGUUCAUGUCAGCCUAUAUGUUAAAGAUGGCUUCCAAUUAUCAAACUCAAUUGGUCUUGCCUCUAAUUUUCUUGGUCAGCAUUUUAAGUUCAAAUUUCAUUGCUGGACAAACACUACUAACCAAUAGUUCUGAUCCAGGUACUAAUUCCGUUGAAACAAACAAUGUCUUACAUUCCGAUGACACUGUGAGGGUGGAUCCUCUAGACAAUUUCAAGAAAUACAGAGGAGGAUAUGAUGUCACCAACAAGCAUUAUUGGAGUUCGACUAUAUUUACAGGAGUUUAUGGAUAUGUAAUUGGGGUGCUCUGGCUUCUAGCUGGAAUAAUAUAUGGAAGUAUUCUUCUAGCAAAUACUUACUGUUGUAAAAGUAGAAGGAAAGAAAAGCUGAACAAGAAAAGAUUGCCUUGCAAUAAACAAUGUUCUCUUUGGCCUGUUAUCUUGGCUAUUUUGUUCACUAUCUUGGCAAUAACUGCAACUGGGUUAGUUCUUGGAGGGAAUGCAAAAUUCCGUUCGAGAGCAAGAACUGUGGUGAACAUCAUCAUUGACACAGCAGAUGGUGCAUCAGAAACAAUAUAUAACACAACAGGAGCAAUGAAAGAAAUAAGAGAUAAUCUACAAGCCUCUAAUGUAAGUGCAGAACAAGCUUCUAGCUUCCUUACCUCCACAUCACAGAAACUAGACGAUCAAGCUGCUGAUAUUGAAAGGCAAGCUAGGAAAAACAGGCGUCUUAUUGAGAAAGGUCUCAAGAUAGUGUAUAUAAUAACAACUGUCACUAUCUCCCUGAAUCUGGCUGCUUUGGUUGCUCUUUCAGUCUGUGGGACACUUCGCCUACGAAGAGCUCUUAACCUGCUUAUUAUACUAUGUUGGAUCCUGACUGCUCUAUGCUGGGUGUUCUUUGGGGUGUAUUUCUUCUUAGGAAAGUUCUCUGGCGAUACCUGCACAGCUCUUGAAACCUUCCAAAAGGAUCCUUAUAACAACAGCUUGAGUUCCAUCCUUCCCUGCGAGGAAUUGCUCGAUGCAAAGCCAGUCUUGACUGAUGUCAGUGAAGGGAUCUACAACAUUGUUAAUCAGGUGAAUGAAAACAUAUCAGUAGUACAAGUGUGCAAUCCUUUCUCAGGACCACCAGAGUAUCAAUACCAGGCAAAUAAUUGCCCAACUAAUACAAUUAAAAUCGGAGACAUCCCAAAGAUGUUGGAACCACUUACUUGUUCUGGUACCAACAAUGGCACAUGUAGUGCUGGACAAUUCAUAUCAAUCAAUGAUUUCAGAACAGUGGAGGAUUACACAACUUCAAUUCAGAACCUGCUAAACGCAUACCCAGAUAUGGAAAGCCUGGUAGAAUGCCAAUCUGUGAAGGAUGCAUUUUCUGAGAUCCUUACAACACACUGCAAACCAUUGAAGAAGUAUGUUCGGAUGGUAUGGGGGUCAAUGCUGUUUCUAUCAUUGAGUAUGGUGUUUCUGGUUCUGAUAUGGACAUUUCAAGCUCAUCAUGAACAAGAACACCAUUCUGUAGAUGGUUCUGUUAAACCACACAAUGCUGAAGUGAAGGAAUCGCAAUCUGGAGAAAAAGAAUUAGCCAAAGAUCGCUCAAAUAAAGCAUAGUUUAUUAGUCUAGGAUCGCACAAAAUUUUUUUCCAGAUAAUUAUAAACUCUUCUUGGAAGAUCCAUUCACAGGCAGGAUUUCCAUCAGCAAUUGGUUGAUAAGAUCAAGAAUUCAAGGUACAGAUUAUAUAGGUAAAGAAAUACAAAAAGAUGGAAGAAAUCAAGAAGAUUAUAGAGGUUGAAUUUAUGCAUGCAGGGGAGGGGAGAAAUAUGGGGAAGAUCAGAAUUCUUUUUAUAGAAGUCAUACAGAAAUUUUUUUAUUUCUUUGAUGUGGUACAAGAUCAAAGCCUGGGGUCAACCCCAUUACACAAUGUAAAUUAAAUUUGUAAAAACAAUAAUAUAAAGUCAAUUCAGUUCCAUUUUUUAUCAGAAUUAUGAGAAAUAAUAUAGAGUUUGUAGUUAAAA